CAGUGCCGGCCUCUGUUUUGACUAGUCAAAAUCUUGGUGUUAGAAAUGCUAUAUAUAAAUAUAGAACAACGCCCAUUUUGUUAGUACUUUUUCUAAUAAACAAGUUAAGAUCUCCUCCUCCUCUUCCUCCUCCUCCUCCUAAGCUCUUUAAUUAAUGAUCUAUUGAUUCUAGAAAAAAAGAGAGAAAGAUAGAAGGAAAGAGAAGAUCAAGAGAAGCAACAAAGUUCUUCAUGGCUAGGCAUGGUGUUGUUCCACUGUUUCUCUUCCUUUGUUACUUGAUUUGGAGUUCCCACUGCCAAGCUCAGACCCUUGAUCAAAAUGAAGUGGAUGCACUGAAGAAGAUAGGAGCCAAGUUGGGGAAACAAUGGGACUUCACGGUGGACCCAUGCAGUGGGACUUCCGGUUGGGUGGAUUCCAACUCUAACAAGGAUGUAGCAGUUAAUGUCACGUGCGGCCCAUGCAACACCAUCUCCUCCUGCCACGUCAUCAGUGUCAUCCUCAAGGGCCAGAACCUCACCGGUACCCUUCCCGGCGAGUUUGCUAAUCUCACCUCCCUCCAAGUCAUAGAUCUUUCAAGGAAUUAUCUUAAUGGCACUAUCCCUUCUUCAUGGAGUUCACUCCCUCUCACCAACCUGGCCCUUUUGGGAAAUCGCAUCACUGGAACCAUUCCUGCUGAGUUUGGUAAAAUCCUCACCCUCCAAGACAUAUCACUGGAAGACAACCUGAUUGAAGGUCCACUUCCUGAGUCUCUUGGCAAUUUAAUAAACUUGGAUAGACUUCAUCUUUCAGCCAAUAACAUCAGUGGUGAAUUGCCAGCAUCAUUGGGUAAACUAAAAAAUUUAACUGAAUUCCGAAUUGAUGGCAAUCCAAUAACUGGAAAAAUUCCUAGCUUCAUGAGUAACUGGACAAAGAUCUCUCGGAUAGACAUGCAAGGGACCUCCAUGGAAUUGCCUUUUCCUGCAAGCUUUUCUGAAUUAGUCACUCUAAGCCAGCUGAGAGUGACUGACAUACAAGGAGGUGAUGGGAAAUUUCCUGCACUGAAAAACAUGACAAAUUUGUCAAUGUUGGUCUUGAGGAACUUAUCAAUAUCUGAUGAAUUACCAGAAUUCAUAGGGGAUUUUGGAGGUCUCAAAGCAUUAGAUUUGAGCUUCAAUAACUUGACUGGGAAGAUUCCGGACAACUAUGUGAACUUGGGCAAGAGCAUCAAUUAUAUGUACCUUACCAGUAACAAUUUAUUUGGAGCAAUACCAAGUUGGAUUUUGACCAGUACAAAACAGCAACGCUUUGAUUUAUCUUACAAUAGUUUUAACGUUUCGAAUGGGCUAACCUAUUGUCCUACAGGAGCUGUGAAUUUGGUAUCUAGUUACUCGUCCACAGAUAGUAAUUCGAUUCCGUCAUGUAUGAGGAAGAACCAACCUUGCUCUGGAAAAGCAAAAAAUUACAACUUGUUUAUAAACUGUGGUGGUGGCGAGGUGACCAUUGGCGAUGAUGUUUAUCAAAGUGACACCGACCCCCAAGGGCCAUCAACUUAUAAAGCUUUUGAUGAACAAUGGGCUUAUAGCUCAACAGGAGAUUUUCUGGGUAAUUCUAGUAUACCAUACCUUGCGACAAAUGUAACAGUUUUGACCAUGCCUAAUCCAGACUUAUACAUGACUGCUCGUCUAAGUCCUAUCUCCCUUAGAUACUACGGUCUUUGCCUUCAGAAUGGAAAUUAUACAGUUAACCUUCACUUUGCUGAGAUUAUGUUCACUGAUGAUAAGAGUUUCUUUAGUGUUGGAAGACGACUGUUUGAUGUGUAUAUCCAGGGGAAGAAUGUUUUGAGAGACUUCAAUAUUGCAAAAGAAGCUAAUGGGACUGGCCAGGAAAAAAUCAUGAGCUUCUUUGCUAUUGUUACUGACCACACUUUAGAGAUUCACUUUCAGUGGGUUGGGAAAGGAACCAAUGCUAUUCCACAGAGAGGUGUAUAUGGGCCUCUGAUUUCAGCUAUUUCAGUCACACCUAAUUUCAAGCCUGACUUGGGUGAAAGCAAGCUAUCAACUGGGGCUAUUGUGGGCAUUGUAAUUGCUGGUUGUGCUGUGAUUGCAUUGAUCUCAAUAUGCAUCUGGUUCUACUUGAGAAAAAAAAAUGCUAAAAACAGGGAACUCAUAAAAAGUUUAGAGUUGCAGACUGGAUACUUCACUUUAAUACAGAUAAAAAAUGCAACCAGGAAUUUUGAUGCUGCAAAUAAAAUAGGAGAAGGUGGUUUUGGGCCAGUUUACAAGGGUGUUCUGCCGGAUGGUUCUACAAUUGCUGUGAAGCAACUUUCUUCAAAGUCUAGGCAAGGAAAUCGAGAGUUUGUAACUGAAAUUGGCAUGAUCUCUGCAUUACAACAUCCCAAUCUCGUCAAGCUUUUCGGAUGUUGCAUUGAAGGGAAUCAGUUGUUGCUGAUAUAUGAAUACAUGGAAAACAACAGCCUUGCAAGUGCUCUAUUUAGUCGUGAUAGAGAUCGUCUAAACUUGGAUUGGCAAACAAGACAUAAAAUUUGCCUUGGCAUAGCUCGUGGCUUGGCAUAUCUCCAUGAAGAGUCAAGGUUGAAGAUUGUACACAGAGACAUCAAAGCAACCAACGUCCUACUUGAUAAAGAUCUCAAUGCAAAAAUUUCCGACUUUGGUUUGGCUAGGCUUUCAGAUGAAAAUGAAACCCACAUCAGCACUCGAAUUGCUGGAACAAUAGGAUAUAUGGCGCCAGAGUAUGCAAUGAGAGGUUACUUAACAGACAAGGCCGAUGUAUACAGCUUCGGAGUAGUUGUGCUGGAGACUGUCAGUGGAGUGAGCAACACAAACUACAAGCCGAAGGAGGAAUGUGUAUACCUUCUUGAUUGGGCAUAUGUUCUACAAGAGCGCGGGAGCUUGCUUGAACUUGUCGAUAAAAGCCUCGGUGCUAAUUUCUCGGAGAAAGAAGCACUGCAAAUGUUGAAUUUGGCUCUUGCAUGCACAAAUCCUUCACCGUCUCUUAGGCCUACAAUGUCUGCUGUUGUGAGCAUCCUCGACGGAAAGCACACUAUGCCGACGUCAUUUGUAAAACCGGUUGUCUCAAGCAGUGAUGAUGCUCGGUUUAAGGCAUUGGAUAAACUCUCUCAUGACAGACAGCCAACCAACAUUUCCAUGGAUGGUCCUUGGAUCGAUUCUUCAGCAUCUUUACAAAGUAGUUAUGAAGAAAAUCACUAGCACAAGAGAUUUUUCGUCAAGCCAGCUUCUCCCGGAUCGCACAGAUUAGCUUUUUUUCCAUUGAUUGUGAAAAUUUGCAUGUUCUUCAGAAAUAACAUUGUACAGAAAUCCUUUACACAUGUAUGUUCAAGUACAAUACAUUUGGAUUCUUCAGCCGUUUUUUUUUCUUUCUUUUUUGGGUAUCUUUAUACAUGUAUGCUCAAGUACAAUACAUUGUACAAUACAUGCAUGUUAGUAAUAAGAGCACAAUUUGAAAUA